AUGCAUCAGCUCUCUCUGAAACAGUGUCCUGACAAGCCUCUCCUGCUCAUUGGAUAUCAGUCAUUAAAAUUCAGCAAAGAGGGCAAAGCUCGGCCUGUGGGUAUCGGCGUCAGGUUCCCCAUUCAGGCCAUGGAUGAAUUUUUCAAAGUCCUAUUACCUCGAGGCAGUGUGCUGCGACUGCGACAUUACAGUUGUGUAUCUCUGCAAGAACUGGAGCUGAGGUUAAGAAAAGCUGAAUUCACAAUAACAAUGGGUUUCAGGGCGGCCACACUCAUUUAUUUACUGCUGCUCGUUGACAAGGCUUUUACUAAAAAAGGUGUCAAAUGUGGAGGAAUCCUUUCUGCUCCAUUUGGAAACAUCUCCAGCCCGAACUUCCCAGGAAUGUAUCCCUACAACAUUCAUUGUUCCUGGCUGAUUGUAGUGCCAGAAGGCUCCUCAAUCCUCCUCACAUUUCACCACUUUCAGUUGGAGUACCACAACACUUGUUCUUACGACUACAUCAAAAUCUACAACGGUGUAUCUGAAGAUGAAGGGAACCUUCUCGGGACAUUUUGUGGUGAUAACACUCCACCUCAGUUCACCUCCUCUUGGAAUGUAAUAUCCAUUAUUUUCCAUUCAGACCGCCAUGUGGCCUUCCGGGGUUUCAGCUUUGGCUUCAGAAAAGAUAUGUGUGGUGGUGUCCUGACUGGACUAUCAGGUAUAAUCUCCAGCCCAGGUUACCCUCAGGAGUACAGCAACAACGCAGACUGCUCCUGGUCGAUCCAAGUGUCCAACACGAGCGUAGUCACUGUGGUCUUCUUGGACUUCCAGCUGGAAAAUAAUGAGGGAUGUAAUUUUGACUUUGUUGCUCUGUUUGAUGGCCCGACAGUCAGUCAUCAACAUCUUGGGAAAUACUGCGGGGCAGAUAAACCUCCCAACACAGUCACAACGUCCAAUCAACUCCUAGUUGUCUUCAAGUCGGAUUUCAACAUCGGAGGACAAGGGUUCAAGGCGUAUUACUACUCAGGUGAAUGCCAGCAGGUCUUGACGACUGUGAGUGGGAACUUCAGCAGCCCACAUUUCCCCAACAUUUACCCCAAUAACAUCAACUGCCACUGGAGCAUCAACCUGGAAGCUGGGUACCGGAUCAAACUCUUUUUUCCCAUCUUGGACCUGGAGGGCCGAAACAGUUUAUCGGAGGAAUGUGACUAUGAUUUUGUGGCAGUGUACGACGGGGACAGCCAGACAAACGCCCUGCUGGGGCGCUGGUGUGGCAGGGAGCAGCCUCCGUCUCUCAUCUCUAAGGGAAACAAGCUGCUGGUGGUACUCAACACAGACAGAACUGAUGCUCACAGAGGAUUCACUGCCUCUUAUCUGGGAGUGGUGCCUGUAAAUGUUAGCUGCACAAGAUCAGAGUUUACCAUUCUGAUCCCUCAACAGUCCUUACCUCAGCUGGACCGGGAAAGCAUCUACCUGGGCAACCCAACCUGCACAGCCCAGUUAACCGCCACCUCAUACAAAAUACUAGCACAGUUUGUCAACUGUGGCACAGCCAGCCAGAAACACCGGAACAUUACCAUGCUUGUGAACAAGCUCUACAUAGACUUCUCCGAUGGGAAGCAGCAGAACGUUCAGGAGUAUAAGGUGCAGUGCGAUGCACUACGCAAGAUAGCCUCGGUAUCGAUCAUUUCUGCAGAGGAGCGUCGCCUGGAGGAGCAGGCCCAGCAGACGGAUGGAGACAGCAGCAGUUCUGCUGCAGAGCCACAAACCGAGCCUCAUGACUUGAGUGAUAUUGUCUUCAUCAGCAUCUGUGUUCUAGCUGUCAUUCUCAUGGUGAUAGCUAUUGUGUGGUUAGUGCUUCUUUAGUGAUUUAAAAAAUAAUAUUAAAGGAGACAUGUGACUUUAUUUCUCAAGAAAUAUUAUUUUAUGGUCACGUUAAGUGAUUUUAGCAGUUUUAUUUUUGACAUUUUCAGUACCUUCCAGAAUGAGUCGUUUCAGGGCUCUGUCACUUAAAAAAAUAACAAGUUAGAGCUGGUCUGCCCACCUCUCUACCACUCAGGCUGCUAUAAGCUGAGAAGUUCUGAUUCCCGGGAGGGGUUCGGAGUAGAGCCGCUGCUCCUCCGGCAGCAGAUCUCUCCUGAAGUGAGAGAUGGUUGUAUGCUUAU